AUGGAUAGCAUGCGCAUUCUCGAUCAACACAUUGAUAGGUCCAUGUGGCCUAUUGAGCCCGCCGAAGCCGCCAAAUACCAGUUCAUCUGGACCACCACAGCGCCGCGCAGCCACCGCGCAGAAGCAGCCGACUGCUGCUCUCGCCGACGACGACCCAGGGAGGACGAUGAGUGCACGCUCACCUCGGCGUCCACAGAGUCGCGGGAAGGGAAUAAGAAAGGCGCAGCGACAGCACAGAAUGGCAGCGGGCUGCUGCAGGCGUGCUGGCGCAGCGUCAAGGCGCCGCGCAAACAGAUGAAGAGGCUGUUGAGUACCAAGGAGAAAGCAGCGGCAGGGGAGAAGACGCAGAAGCACGACGGCGAGAGGAGAUGGUCGGAGACGACGCUCGUCGAGAGCCCGAGUUGUCCAGCAGAGAGGAAGGAGGCGGAAAAGUGA